AUGCUCACGCAAAGAUUCUGGAAUUAUAGCGGAAAUGAUAUUGGAUUAACAGCUGUCGGCCUGAUGGGCGCUCUUAGAAUGACAAGUUUCGAAAACUUAAUAAGAUCUUCAAAUAUAAAAACCCAGAAAAUAUAUGAUCUAAUCCAGCGUCAUGGAUAUAUCGCUCCUGCUUGCGAAAACGGUUUCCAAUAUUCACCACCUUAUAUUAAUGGAAGGAUUCCAAACAUGGAAGUUGCCCUUAAACUUUAUGUAAGAUGUUGCUUAAUCGAAGAAAAUUUCAAUCUUUAUCAAUUAUUUGCACCAUGGGAUAAGAAGCUUUCUUUGAAUCAAAUUCGCCAAGGAAAAUCAAAAGCUCUAAAUUAUAUAAGAAAUCAGAGAUUUUACUAA